GAGGCCCCGCCUCUGGUUCGGUGCGGGAGCCGGGCCUGUCUGGGGCUGGGACGGCGCGCACGGCUCGGGACGGGCCCGCAGAGGCAGAGGCAUGGCACGCGGGGCCCAUGGGGUAGGCAGCACCGCGGGUGGGCAACGUCCCUUCUCUGGGCCUCAGUUCCCGCGUCUGUAAAACUGGGGCGAGAGCAGGGCUUCAAGGCAAUACCGCCUGUAAGUCCCUCCUGAAAGGCCGGCCCCCUGUGGGUCUGACCCGGUCGGUCUGGGGUCCGAACGCAGCGAUGGACUCGCUGGCAGCGCCCCAGGACCGCCUGGUGGAGCAGCUGCUGUCACCGCGGACCCAGGCCCAGAGGCGGCUCAAGGAUAUCGACAAGCAGUACGUGGGCUUCGCCACCCUGCCCAAUCAGGUGCACCGGAAGUCUGUGAAGAAGGGCUUCGAUUUCACGCUUAUGGUGGCGGGUGAGUCAGGCCUGGGGAAGUCCACGCUGGUCCACAGCCUCUUCCUGACCGACUUGUACAAGGACCGGAAGCUGCUCAGUGCCGAGGAGCGCAUCAGCCAGACCGUAGAGAUCCUGAAGCACACAGUGGACAUUGAGGAGAAGGGGGUCAAGCUGAAGCUCACCAUCGUAGACACACCGGGCUUCGGGGAUGCUGUCAACAACUCUGAGUGCUGGAAGCCCAUCACCGACUAUGUGGACCAGCAGUUUGAACAGUAUUUCCGUGACGAGAGCGGCCUCAACCGCAAGAACAUCCAAGACAACCGUGUGCACUGCUGCCUCUACUUCAUCUCCCCUUUUGGACAUGGGCUUCGGCCAGUGGAUGUGGGUUUCAUGAAGGCUCUGCACGAGAAGGUGAACAUCGUGCCCCUCAUCGCCAAAGCUGACUGUCUUGUCCCUAGUGAGAUCCGGAAGCUGAAGGAGCGGAUCCGGGAGGAGAUUGACAAGUUUGGGAUCCAUGUGUACCAGUUCCCUGAAUGCGACUCUGACGAGGAUGAGGACUUCAAGCAGCAGGAUCGGGAACUGAAGGAGAGCGCGCCCUUCGCAGUUAUCGGCAGCAACACAGUGGUGGAGGCCAAGGGGCAGCGGGUCCGGGGGCGACUGUACCCCUGGGGGAUCGUGGAAGUGGAGAACCAGGCACACUGCGACUUUGUGAAGCUUCGCAACAUGCUCAUCCGCACACAUAUGCAUGAUCUCAAGGACGUGACAUGCGACGUGCACUACGAGAACUAUCGCGCACACUGCAUCCAGCAGAUGACCAGCAAACUGACCCAGGACAGCCGUAUGGAGAGCCCCAUCCCCAUCCUACCACUGCCUACUCCUGACGCUGAGACAGAAAAGCUCAUCAGGAUGAAGGAUGAGGAGCUAAGGCGCAUGCAGGAGAUGCUGCAGAAGAUGAAGCAGCAAAUGCAGGACCAGUGACCCCAACCCAGCCCCACAUUACCAUGGAUAUAUAUACUGCCAGUUCUCAGGCUGGCCCUUCCCAUCCCUGGACCCCAACUGGCCUGGACUCCACCCUGGAAUAAUCUGGAUCUCCAACAGGCCUGGGCACAACCCCAGUCCCAGAAUGGCCCAGACCAGGACUGUUCCCGACUGUUCCCGACCUGACCCAGAGAUGCAGGCUCAUAGCCCCCAGCCAACCCUAAUUUAUUCUCAGCACCAGUCCCUCCCCUCAUUUGUAUCUGCUUCCAAGGGGCCUGGACAGCAGCCCCCACAGCUGGCCCUCUUUGGCCUCUGGGGAACAGGAGCUAGGUUGGGCCAUGACUUUUGAGAUCUACCCCUGCCCCAGAAGGUCAUGAACUCUCAGUCCAGGCCCUACUCAGGUGGGGGAGGGGGGGUGUAAAACAAGGCAGACUAGGGGAGCAGAUCCCCGGCAUCCCAGGCCUAUUUUCCCACCCCAGUGCCACAGAGUGGACAUGGGAGCCCUCGUGCCCCCUCCCUCAGGCCACCCAGCUUAUGCUGAGGCCUCACUUUGUGCCGAGGUAACCAGUCCUUCCUUACCUCCUCACCCCUCACUGGGUAGCUCAGUGGCAGGUUGGGUAACAGAAGCACUUAGGAUCCCUCCAGACGGAAGGAGGGCAGCUGGCUGCAGGCAAGGAUCUCACGGGGCUGGCGGGGCUGGGACCCCUGUGAUUGCCCAUACUCCUCACCCAGGGCUGUGGCCUGGCCUGAGGGCUCCAGGAGCAGUGAGUGGGUGCUGGGCAACCUGGGAACCCCCCACCCCUAGACUGCCAUUCCCUGCCUGUGGCUGGAGGUCCCUUCUCCCCAGCAGCACUGUUGCCCUGGGUUGCCUAGCCCAUCCCUCCCCCACCCCCAGCAUGAUGCCCCCCACCCCCAAUCCCAGUCUCCAGUUUUGUUCAGUUGUGAAUGCUGCGUCCUGUCCUGGUGACAGGAGAACAAUGUUGGUGAAGUCA